AACCAUACCUAGGCUUGAAGAACGCAACACCAAAUCUUCAAACUCUCUUCCUCUCCCUUCCUCCUCUCCCUAUCUCCGACCAUCCGGGCCACCCGGAAACCAUGGUCGGACCUCCCUUCGACGCCCUCCGGCCCCGCCCCGCCCCCCCCGCCGCCACCAUCAAGUUCCUCUGCAGCUACGGCGGCAAGAUCCUCCCCCGCCACCCCGACGGCAAGCUCCGCUACGUCGGCGGCGAGACCCGCGUCCUCGCCGUCGACCGCUCCAUCUCCUUCUCCGAACUGAUGUUGAAGAUGGGGCAACUGUGCGGCGCCGCCGUCUCGCUCCGGUGUCAGCUUCCGACCGAGGAUCUCGAUGCCCUGAUCUCCAUCACCUCCGACGAGGACCUCGUGAACCUCGUCGAGGAGUACGACCGCUCGCCCCCGUCGUCCUUAAAGAUCAGGGCCUUCCUUUUCCAGCCCAAGCCCGGCAAAAAAAUAUCUCCUCCUCCCUCGCCACUAGCCUCCUCGUCGAGAACGUCGUCGUCGUCUUCGCUGUCCUCCGCCGCCACCGUGACCGUCGGAUCGACUCUGAGGUUCUCGAAGUGCGUGCACCAGUACAUGGAGAAGCCGAAGCCGGUCGGGUUCCCUCUGUGCAAGGAGAAGUCUGCAGGGAGCAAUAAGAUGAUGAUGAUGAUGAUGAUGAGUUACCACCAGGGACACUAUGCUUAUGGAAACCCUGGACAUGUCCAUCUCAUCCACAAUGGCAAUCACUGGCAAUAACACCCCCCAAAGCUCUAUCUGCAGAUCAGAACUCUUAUAUGCCUUCGACCCAAAGUAGAAAUACUUUGAUUACGCCUCCACAACUAUAUUAUAUAUAUAUUGGGAAAGAAAGAAGCGAGUGCGACAUAUAUAUAUGUGAAUCGUGAUCAUGUAAUGGGAGGGAGGACUGUAAAAAUCAUUUAUGGAUCGAUUAUUUGUGAUCCAUGCCCAAUCAAUGAAUUGUUUGCAGUCCGAAUUCGUAUUGGUUGGACAAGAA